AGCCAACGCGCUUGUGAAGCCUAGUGAUGCUCUCGUUUUCGCAGCCUCAAGCUCUGCAUUAGCUUUCAGGAGCGAUGCUCUGGUCGCUUUUUUCUCGCGGUUUUCUAAUUCAAUAAAUUUCAUAUUUUGGAGACAAUAUGCGGAAGCUCCUCCUAACUUCGUCACAAGUCUCAGUCUUGGUGACCUCUCUCAUCGUGCUUUCAUGUACGCUCGCCUUGUUCCUUAGCGGCUACGUUAUCCAACAGCGAACUCUUCGAGAUCUUCGAGAAGCAAUCCGACCACGAACACCUCGACCUGCCACAAAACCACAUCUCCCUGAUAGGUUUAAAGGACGUAUCGGAGAACUGGAAGAUGGCACCUUUAUAUUCUUAGAAAGUGAGGCCGAGGAGGAGGCCAGAUAUGGACGAGCGCACGUCGUCGAAAUCAGCAAAUCUGUUUCCGAAUCGACAGAGUCAUCAAGCUCCCGCGCCGGCGCUUCAUCUGAACCCAUACAAGGGAACCCGACACCGAAGCAGCUGGCUAUUCUGGAAGAGAUUACUGCGAAGAUGAAUGAGAAGAAAUGGGCGGUCGAGAACCCGGAUCCGUUUGACCCUAACAUGGUACCAAUGGACGCGGCGGAACGACGACAGAUGAUAAGAGAAGAGAUUCACAGGCUGGCUACUUCGAAUGGGCUAGUAUAUUAUCAUAAGAACCGGCAAUAACGCUUUUGCGGUGGAAUGACGGGACUGAUAUGUCUACCCUAUGGCUUGUUAUUGCUUACGAUAUAUGUUGUAAAUGAGGCUGAUGUAAUUAUUUCUACGACCAUUUGUAACUUAAAAACUUAUUUCUCAUGCUAAAUGUACAUGUAGUCCUAAGAAAUGUAUCCAUUCUUCCAUCAUUCCGGAUGUAUUGCGCCUUGCGUGUAUCAUUUACUAACACGACGCUAUGAACAGUACGUUCUGGGGAGGGUGGCAAAUUACGAAGUUCAUCUCCAUUUGGAUCACAAUUCUGAACAGAACUAAAUCACAAAAAAUGGUAAAAAGUUAAAACCAAGUUUAAAAUACUUUACAAGAGUAGCCAAAAAAAUUGGUAGCUUCUCUUUGAUUACAUGUGUCAUCCUUAGUGCAGGGGCCAUGCUAAUCUUCUCUGUCU